ACGUAAAUGCGAUAUUCCUGUCCAAGGAAUUUGUGCCCAUUCUUCCGCUCGCGCUCGUGGUAGCGUCUCGCUCACAUUAGAAUCUGCCCAUACUAGUUUUACGCUGAAGAUAACUGCGCUUGUCAUUCCGUCAAUUACAACAGUCAUCCCCGCAACGUACAUUGACAUGACACAGUGGCAGCACUUGUCCAGCAUUCAAUUAGCGGAUGCACAAUUCGGCAUUCCCGGUAAUAUCGACGUGCUAGUUGGUGCUGACCUAUGUCAAGUUGUCGAAACUGAAUUUAAAUUUGGCGGUCCUUGUGAGCCGCACGCUCAACGCACUGCUUUUGGGUGGGUCAUAUUUGGCCCGAUUUCUGCAGCACAACCUUCAACGUUGCCAACUCUCGCAUUAAGUAUGCAGCUAUGCGACGAGGACGUACUCUUGGAGGAACUACUCCGAAGUUUUUGGAAGUUUGAGGAAGUGCCCUCCCUAGAAUAUGAUGGGGAUGACGAAUGCGAACGAAUUUUUUGUAACACCCACUCUCGUACACCUGACGGACGCUACGUUGCGUGCAUUCCAUUUCGUCCUGAUGCGCCGACUUUGGGAGACUCUUAUACUCAUGCAUUACUACAGGUUUACCUUCUUGAGCGGCGACUGGCAGCAAAUAGUGAACUCCGGGAGAAAUACAUUGUUUUUAUGCGCGAAUAUGCAGACCUGGGCCAUAUGGAGCGCGCAAACCAAUUGAACGUUAAUGAAGCGGGCUUUUAUAUACCGCAUCAUGCAGUUAUGUGGAAGUUUCGCGUUGUGUUCAAUGCCUCAGCGAGAACUACAACCGGCGUCUCCCUGAACGAAGUUCAGUUGGUAGGAACCACAAUACAAGAGCCGCUACUUAACAUAAUAUAUCGCUUUCGCCGCUUUCGCAUCGCAUUGUCUGCCGAUGUUGAGAAGAUGAGGGAGUCCCCAACCGACGACAUCACUAUAUACCGCCUUACAACGGUGACUUAUGGUACGGCUGCAGUCCCUACAACGCGGUCCGCGCAAUCAACCAAUGCGCAUACGACAACUACAAGGUGGUCGCUGAUAGUCAAUAAAUCGAUAGCGGCACGCGAUGCGAUCUUGUCGUCUUUUUAUGUCGACGAUUUUCCUACCAGCUGUGAUACCGAAGAAAAUGCAACUGAACUUGCAGCCAACGUGACUUCGCUAUUGUCUGAAGGCCACUUCCGUUUACGUAAAUGGAACUCCAGUAGUGGUGAAAUAUUAGCACGCUUGAUUGGCAACCGUUCUUCUAACGUAGAGAUGACCAUCGAAUCACCAACAGCAACUGUACUUGGGCUUCGAUGGGAUGCAGCAGGUGAUGAGCUAUUUUUCAAGGUAGAUCUGAAAGAGAACAUAGGCUUUCUAACGAAGCGACGGGUACUAAGUGACGUCGCAAAACUAUUCGACCCUACCGGCAUACUGGCACUAGUUGUUACUGGAAAAAUAUUCAUACAAAGGUUGUGGGCUGCUGGCUUGUCGUGGGACGAACCACUUCCAGAUGAACUUCAAACCAUCUGGGUAGCUUUUUACAGCGAGCUCGAC